AUGGAUCUCGAUAUACAACCAAAUAAGAUACGGAAGACCGGAGAAUUAGAGCCUGAGUCUCAAGACCAUGCUAUUUGUUGCGCAACGUGCGCUUCCAUCACAUUCACCGAUGAAGACCUCUUGUUAGGAUCUAAACCACAUAAUCGUCCGUUUUUCAUGUCAGGGUAUGUGCGAGAACAAAAACUUAGUCGCAUGCUUGUGGACGGAGGUUCAGCAGUGAAUCAUGCCUAA